CUGCAAUGAUCUGAAAGGCCCUUGAGGCACAGAGAACAGGAGAAAAAACAACUGCAACAAAAGAAUGUGUUUCUCCCCCAUUCUGGAAGUCAACAUGCAGUCUGAAUCUAACAUUACAGUCCGAGAUGCCAUUGAUGACAUCGACACCAACAUGUACCAACCACUGUCAUAUCCACUAAGCUUUCAAGUUUCUCUCACUGGAUUUUUGAUGUUAGAAAUUGUUUUGGGACUUGGCAGCAACCUCACUGUGCUGGUACUUUACUGUAUGAAAUCCAACUUAAUCAAUUCUGUCAGUAACAUAAUUACAAUGAACCUUCAUGUACUUGAUGUAAUAAUUUGUGUGGGAUGUAUUCCUCUAACUAUAGUUAUCCUUCUGCUUUCACUGGAGAGUAACACCGCUCUCAUCUGCUGCUUCCACGAGGCUUGUGUCUCUUUUGCAAGUGUUUCAACUGCAAUUAACGUCUUUGCUAUCACUCUGGACCGAUACGACAUCUCUGUAAAACCUGCCAAUCGAAUUCUGACCAUGGGAAGGGCUGUGAUACUAAUGACAUCAAUAUGGAUCAUUUCACUUUUUUCCUUCCUGAUUCCUUUCAUUGAGGUCAACUUUUUCAGUCUUCGAAGUGCAAGUACUUGGGAAAAUAAGACACUUUUGUGCGUGAGUACAAACGAGUACCACACUGAGCUAGGAAUGUACUACCACCUUCUCGUUCAGAUUCCAAUCUUUUUCUUCACUGUUAUAGUAAUGCUAAUUACAUACACCAAAAUACUCCAGGCUCUAAAUAUUCGGAUUGGUACAAGAUUUACAACAGGACAAAAGAAGAAAGCUAGAAAGAAAAAAACUAUUUCUUUGACCACUCAGCAUGAGACUACGGACGUGUCCCACAGCAGUGGAGGAAGAAACGUCGUCUUUGGUGUAAGGACUUCUGUGUCUGUCAUAAUUGCUCUACGCCGAGCUGUAAAACGGCACCGGGAGCGACGAGAACGGCAAAAAAGAGUCUUCAGAAUGUCCCUCUUGAUUAUCUCAACAUUCCUUCUCUGCUGGACACCCAUCUCUGUUUUAAACACCACCAUAUUAUGUUUGGGCCCAAGUGACCUUUUGGUAAAGUUGCGAUUAUGUUUUCUAGUAAUGGCAUAUGGAACAACUAUAUUUCACCCUCUACUUUAUGCAUUCACAAGACAAAAGUUUCAGAAAGUUCUGAAAAGUAAGAUGAAAAAGCGAGUUGUUUCAAUAGUGGAAGCAGAUCCCAUGCCAAAUAACGCUGUAAUACACAACUCAUGGAUAGAGCCUAAAAGGAACAAAAAGAUUUCCUUUGAAGACAACGAAGUAAGGCAGAAAUGUUUAGUACCUCAGGUUGUCACUGACUAGAUUACAGUAUUCACCAAAACACAUCAAGCAGCAUAUUUGAACAAAUUGUAGAAAAAUACUGCCAAAUAAGAAAAAAAUUUUUUAACUAUUGGCAAGACUGUAAAUUUUCAAUAUAUAUUAAAUAGAGUAGGUCUUGUAUAUUCAAUUUCUUCAUUAUGUAAGAUAUAUGUUGCAUGGCCGUUUGUUAGCGUAACACCAUGUGUAUAUUUGUCAAAAAUAUUCAAGUCCUCUUUUUUAGAAAAUAAAUAGCCUUAAAGAA